AUGAAGAUGUCGACAAAGUCAGGGAUCCGUUCACUGGUGUGUGACUCGAAUGGCAUAAUUGUGGCCGAAAUGGUGUACAGAUGUAUGAUCUGUUCGGCCAUUCAUGAUGUCUUAGACGACGCCCAAAGACACUAUCAGAGCGAACACAUCGACGACAACGACAAUGACUGCAAGACAUCCAACCAGCAGAUGAUUGGUGGCGACAGCGAUCUCGAGGACGAGGAGGACUUGAGUCUGAACUUCGAGAUGCAAGAGUCGAUGUAUGAGGACAUGGGGCACAACCAGAGCGCUUCCAACUCUGUGACCGUCUCAGUGCCGGCCAGUCUUCGACAACUGCAAUACCAGAGCCUCACCCCUAACAACAACUCGGAGUCGAUGAUAUUGGAGCCAUCCAUGGAUCAGUUCACUGUCAUGGACAACAGGCCCAACAAACCAAUCACUUUCGCUCAGCCCUCCAACUCCUUCCUCAUGCCAUUCGGCGGCACUACAGGGAAAGUGACGCCUAAGAGAGUCGGCGGCGGAUUCGUGACCUGCGAGGUGUGCGGACUCACCAAAUACUACUCCCAUAUAUCCCGUCGCUAUGGAGUCUUCAGUUGUGAGAGUUGUGCGAAAUUCUUCUACAGAUAUCUCUUGAAACCAUCGAAGUUCGUGUGCGCUAACAAUGGGAACUGUUCGCUGAAGAUCGACGUUCCGGGCGGUCGUUGCAAGUCAUGCCUAUUGCAGGCGUGUCUCCAGAAGUACAUAAUUGAUCCGAAAAAGCAUCCGAAGAUCUUUCAGAGGUCUCCGGCCACUGGAGAGAAAGGAGUGGCGGGUGUCAUGAAUGUCGUUCCGGCGAACGUUCAAAUCAAAAUCAAUCCCAAACCCAAGCAAUUGCUGGCCAAACCUAACAUCAAACAAGAGAUCUCAUUGGAUGGACAGGACGUGAAAGGACAGGACCCCUCCCUCACGGUGGCGACGCCCAAGCCGUCGACGAAUGGCAUAGUAAUCAAAGCGACGCCCGCGGGUUCCGGCAAACGGAAGCAACAGUUCAAUGAGGACGGGGUGGCCGUCACCCGGAGCCGCAGAAUCGGGUGCCGCGAGUGUCCCGGCUGUUUGGCUGACGACUGCGGCCAAUGUCUGUACUGUUUGGAUAAACCCAAGUUCGGAGGCAAUGACGUGAAGAAGCAGCGCUGCAUCAAAAGGCGCUGCCAUAGGGCUAACUAUACCUAA